AUGAGUUUAUUAAACGACGAGAUGCUUUUGGGGGACUUUCUGUCCCCCUUCAACCAGCCGUUUUUGGCGGCUGAGGAAAGUUUGGGUCUCUUGGAUGACUGCAUUGAGGUGCCCGGGUACCUCUCUUCGCAUGGGUUCUCCAGCAAUAAGGCUAAGAAUGGCGUCUCCGAACUGCUGCCUUUGGUGGAAUCCUUUAGCAGUGUUCAAGGUAAAAAGAACACCUCUUUUAAAAUGCGAACAAUGGUGUCACUGUCUUAAUCUGAAGCAGUCUAGUAAUAUGGCCUUGUUACUAAAGCAACUAAAUGUUUGAUUGCAAAGUGGUGCUGCCCCCUGCAGUCUUAUUGAGUAAUGGAACACCUGACACUGAUAUGGAUAUCUAUCUUAUUCAUGAAAAGUGCCUGACUUAUGUAUUUAUUUAUUUUUAUUUUUUUAGGCUGUAUAGUUAAUCUGAAUUUAUUAAUUAUAUCCUCUUGUUUUGUAGGGGAUGCCUUCUCUGGCAUGGAUUGGAUGGUGGAAAAGAUGGAUUUGAAGGAAUUUGAUUUUGAUUCCUUGUUUGGGAUAGAUGAUCUGGAGUCCACCAUCUCACCAGAUGAGCUUAUGGCCACGUUGGAAGACUCCUGUGAUUUCCUUGAGGACCCGUCUCUCCCAGUGGUGUCUGGCCAAUGUGUACCAUCACCAGACCCACUUUCAAUUCCAGAAUGCUCACUGGAGUCUGAUCAAGUGGCUCCAGUGAGCCCAGAAUUAUCAAAGUCCCUAGUCUCUAGCCCAGACCAUUCCUUUAUCUUAGAUGUAGGACUUGAAGAAGUUGUAGCUGGGGAGGAUAAAAACACCAUAGCAGUAUACAGUCUUGGAAUAAAAUGUGAGAAAGAGGAUUCCUCUGAUAAUGACAGUGGAAUCAGCAUGAGCCCCCCAUAUCUGGAAUCUCCUCAGCAAAGCCCAGAAUUUACAGCAGAUAAUCCAAGUAGUGUUCAGUCCAUUCCUGAAUCCCCAAUAUCUGAGAGACCCAAACCCUAUGAUCUUCCCUCUGAGAAUAGAGAAGUGUUGGCAAAGGUAAAAGUAGCUGGAGGGCAUCCCAGAGUAGACAAGAAAAAGAAGAAAAUGGAGCAGAACAAAACAGCAGCCACUCGCUACAGACAGAAGAAAAGAGCAGAGCAGGAGGCAAUAUCUGGAGAGUGCAGAGAACUAGAAGCAAAAAAUGAUGCUCUACAAGAGAGAGCAGAUUCUAUUGAGAAAGAGAUCCAAUAUUUAAAAGAUCUCAUUGAAGAAGUCCGUAAGGCCAAAAGCAAACGAGCAAAAAGUUCUUAA